GUCCCAAAACGGCAUGCAUUGUUUUGCAGACUCGAUGAUGAUACGAAGCGCGAAGGGCAAUAAUAAUACCUCCAGGCAACCUGCUCUGCCUGAGCUUAUCCUCCUCUCCCGCCGGCAUGUCGUCGACGGUCUAUACCCUCCUCCAGUUCAGCGCGGACCCGUGGAAUGCCCGCUUCGAAGACCUUGAGAGCAGACUCGCCUUCACAGUGGCAAUGAUUGAGGAGGACCCAAAUCUCAUUAUGAGACUUACUCGCGAGAAGCCCUGGACCCAGCAGCACCCAGACAUUAUGGGGCCCAGCAAUUCGUAUCUGUACUUUGGCCCAAACCGCGCACCGGGCUACCUCGUCUACGGGAACGGCCCGCCACAGUCAAUGGCAAACGCACGGCGGCAGAAGAAGGAAGCCAGCUCCUCACGCUAUUUCACAGUGCAGAACGGCAAAGAGUUCAAGUGGAAAGUUGCCCCUCAGCGACUAGAGUGCGUAGAUAGUAAGGGAAGCACGGUGGCUCUAUGGGAAACGAGCCAGCUUGAAGACCCCUUUCAUGCGCGGUUAACGAUUAAACAUCCGGCGCUCUCCAUAGUCACCGAACUCGUGACGACCUUGACCCUCAACCGCAUUGCAAUGAUAAUGAAUUGGUGACUACGCCCCCUGCAAUCGCGGACCACGAACCUUGCCACACGCGCCGCCUUAUGUCCCCCGCUAUACGUAUUCCGUGAUCUGUGCACGGUGGAG